AUGUCGUCCGGAGACCGCAGCAAUGCCCUGCCACUGGAGUCAAUCAGCCUCAGGGUCAUCCCGAGGACUACGCACAAUAUCGCGUGGUCCCCGGAUGCCGAACUGGCUGUGGGCUGCGACGAUGGUGUCUUCAUCUACGUACCCGAGUUCUCGUCGCCAACAAGCCCGAAGGCCGCGCGCCCCGGAUACGACGCCCCUCGCCAGUACAACGAAACAGCCCUCCAGUUCCCCGUCUCCACUAUCAGGGGCCCCGAACUGAACCGCCACCUAUUCAAUGCCCUCGAGCAGAAGUUCCCCGAGUACGAAUACUUUAUUGGAGGCGGCUCGGGCGUUGUCACCAGCCAGGGCAGUUCCAUCAACCACGUCGUGGCAUUGGAAUGGUCGCCGUGCGGCCUAGGUCGCGUGACCCGGUCUGUUCUCGCCGUUUUGACCGGCACGGGUAUCCUCACCGUGUACUGCCAAGGUGCCUCCGACGGUAUACCGUCAUCCAAAUCCGGAGCCGGGACUGUCAGGAGCCUAGCACCAUGGGUGGCAGCCUGGAGCGUCGGUGGAGGUAUGCUUGUGCCCGCGGCAGACGGACAUGAAGCGCCACAUAGUAAAGAAUAUGUGACGGCAUUCUCGUGGGCAAGAGAUAUGGACGGCGACGGCGCGGUCCUGGCGUACGCCAACGACGACGACGAGAUCGUCAUACUCACGAUCCAGGCCAAGCACACCCCCAUUGCCACGUCUGGGCAUCCUGGUGAAUGGAGGGUACAAGAAGUCGCCCGUUUCCUUGCCGAAGGACCUCAUCCAAAGACGGCUCCAACCGACCCGGAUCAUAUACAUCAGGGCUCCUCGUUUUCCCUAAGCUGGAGUCCCUGGCUGGGCAGAGACAACUUGAAGACCUGCAUGCUUUCUUACAUCGCCAAAGGGUAUGUUGGAUUCAGACAGGUCACCGUCCGAGGAUCGCAAGGAGAGAUUGACAGCCCGAAGGUGCAAGUUGGCCAAGUGGAUGCCAGCUGGGUGUGUCUCUAUCUCGCCCCAGAUGCCUUUGUCGUCUGGGAGGAUCUGAUAUGGACAAUUGAUAGAGAAAAGGUCUGCCGAGGCAUUAUUGCAACCCCUGCCAAGGCGCAAGCAUUCCAACUGCCCUUCGAUGCCGUCUCUUCCGCGAACAAGCAUCCGCUGGGCGAGUGUAACAGCAACUACCCAUCCACAGAAGACAGUUCCCUAGGCCAGAACCCCAUCACCGGCCUUAUAAUUCACCCGCCUUCUCUGUCCAUGUUCACGAGCACCCCCUCAUACAGUCUUGUGCGCCUAUCCGCAACACAUCUGAACAACGGCUGGCAUCAGACCAACCUCCCCCUUCCGUCCAAUCCCGAAGACCCGGGAAAUAUCAAGCCCCAAUGGGCCACGGAUAUCUCCCAGAUCAUUGAGCACCAGCUUCCCAGGGCGCUUGCCGGCCGGCCCAUCAUGUCAGGUAAUGACAGCGAUGGAUCUGAGAUGGGCGGUGACGAUGAUUUCGAAAGUGACUUGGGAGACGGCUCUGACUACAACUCCGACGAAGACGAUAAGAGCAAUCUUCUCGGUCUAGGCAAUAUGGACACCGAAGAUCAGGUACAUGUCAACAGGAUACGCAUUUGGGGCAUGGCCAUCAGCCCUGGCGGGGGAACCAGCGCCGUCUUCGUCACCCAGCACAGCACGGUCAAGCCGGAAAGAGACACGUUUGCUGGUCUGGACUGUCGUGUUCUGUUUGGCACGAACAAUCGGGGCGCCCUUGACGAAGACGAUACCAUCGUCCCCGUGAAGAAGCUCAGCACCGAGGCAAGAAUGUGGGAAUGGAUGUACGGCCGUGGCCCUCCCGUGCCGGGCAUCCACAUCCCGUCUGUCGAUCGUAGCGAUGGACGCCAGGCCUUGAAGGAUCACUUCGAGCUGAUCGGCCGCAUACAAGUUUGCGUGUUCUGCGAUUCGCGGCUCGACUUCCACGGCAAGUCGUCUCGUUGUAGCAAGGGUCAUUUCUUCGAAAACUGCGCCACUACGGGCGUUCCCAUCCUCGCACCUGGUACCACCAACACAUGCGGCGUCUGCGGCUUCAAAUGCAUGAAGACGGAGCAGCUCAUACUCAUGGCUCCCCAGCUCGAGUCGAUCAUCACCGAAGAGAUCUCGUCAGUGCUGUGCGGGAGCUGCGGAGGGAAGUUCAUCAGCUAG